AAAUUAUUUUCAUUGAAAAGGAAAGCAGUGUCAGGAAGUGUGGCAGGAUGUGCUGCUGUUUCCUGUUUCGUUUUUCAGUGUCCAUUCUAACUUAGGAAGUCAGAUUUUUUAAUUAAUUUUCAUCUUCACAUCAACAAUAUGGAUAUUUCUAAACAAAGACCUAAAGGUAUUUCUAGCACUAAUAUAUCAACAAAAAUAUUAUUGUUGCUUAUUAUUACUCCUAUGCUACUAAGUGCUUCAAAUACUUUCUACAUUGAAGAAAUUGAAUGCCAGUGUUCUGGGACAUCAGCUGUGUGUCGUGGUACUUCUGAAGAUGAAGACGAAAUUCAGAGGCUUUUAUCGACUUUGCUUCAGAAUUGUUCAUCCAUUAAUGAUUUGUUAGAUCUUACUCUAAAUAUAGAAAAAAUCGAAACAUUGCCUAAUAAAUCAUUUAUAUCCUUUAAAUUGCAAAACUUAACUCUUGGUUAUGGUUUAGAAACACUGUUUCAAGAUUCCUUUGAUGGCUUACAGUCUUCACUGAUAAAUUUAAAUUUAUCUCACAAUGACAUAGAAUUCUAUGGUUCUCCUUUUUCCAUGCUGCAGAAUUUGAAGGAACUUAAUUUAGAUUUCAAUAAUCUUAGAGAACAGGAUUUUAGCACUUUUGGAAAUAUAAAUAAAUUAGAAGUUCUUAGCAUUGCUGGAAACCAUUUAAGUAGUUUACGGACUAAUUUUUUGGAAAAUAUGACUGCAAUUCAAAGUUUGAUCUUAGAUCAGAAUAAAAAUAUCACUUCAUUUUCUAAAAUAAAUAUUGUUUCAUCUACUCUUAUAAAUUUAUCUGCUAAGAAUUGUGCUAUUGAAGGAUCUUUGGAAAAUGAUUCAUUGUCUGGUAUUGCUAAUUUGAAACAUGCAGAUUUCAGCUCAAAUAAGUUAAUUCGAGUAAAUGCAUUUGCCUUGGACAAGUUACAUUAUUUGGAAGCUUUAAAUCUGAGUUACAAUAAGAUUGAAACCUUAAAAGAUUAUAGUUUUGCUUCUUUACAUAAUUUAAUAGCAUUAGACUUAAAAGGGAAUGAGAUAAAGGAAAUAGAAGUAUUUUCUUUUGUUAAUUUGACAAAGCUGAGAAUCCUGAAUUUAGCAGAUAAUAAACUAGAAGUCAUAAUGGAAAAAUAUACUUCAGAUCUGUAUUCUUUAGAGAAAAUCAACCUUGAAAACAAUGAGAUUCAUAUUGUAAUGCCUGGCAGCUUUUCUACAUGCAGACAGCUGAAAGAGUUGUUAUUAAGAGGAAAUGCUUUUCAUUGUGAUCUUUGCGAUCUAAUGUACAUUGUUGGCUUUCUUACCAAUGAUACUUUGUUUAAAAAAGAAGAUGCGGAUGCCAUCACCUGUGCUGCACCAGAUGAAAUGAAAGGUAUUCCAUUGACUAAAGUUCCACCUGAAUCAUUAGAUGAGAUAUGUGAACCUGAUGAGUCAACAUCUGAAAUGUCCACAACCAUCAUCCCUACAACAGAAAAGACAAUUACCGAUUAUACUCAAACUACUGACAAUAGUUUUGCCCACACAGACGAUUUAUUCAGUAUUGAUGUAUCUACUCUAUCGGGAGAGACGGAUACUAGUUCAGUAACUCCAAUAAUUACUCCCGAGAGCACCUCUGAAGUAACUGAUUCUACAUAUGAAACAACUAGAUUAUCCAUUAUCAGUAGUACUGCCCAAACACCUUUCCUCACUGUACCUGGAUCAACUGAAAUUAGUACUGAAGUAACUACAUUAAUUACAGAAAGUACUACUGGAAUCAAAGAGAUAACAGUUUCGUCAACUUCAUAUGAUAUCAUAGAUGUUACAUCUGAAUUAAGCUCAAAAAUAGAAAAAAGUGAAACAAGUAGUGCUACAGAUAUUAUAUUACCAUCUAUGCCACAAACUACCAUAGCUAAAGCAUCAGAAAUUACUGAAAAUACUUCUACAUUAACAGAUAUUACUUCUGAAAGUGAAAUGGAAAAAAAUACAACCACUGAAAUAAUUAUGUUAGCCAUAUCUGAAAGCAAUACAGCUGGAAAUGUUGGAACAUCUGCCCAAAGUACUUCUGCAUCAACUAUUUUGCCAACAACCGAAAUAACAAAAGAAACAACCUUUCCGAACACAAUUGAAAUGACAACAUCAAUCAACAAACUCACUUCAAUAUUGUUGCCUGAGACAGAGGGAACAACUAUUUCUGUGACUGUUACAUCAACCAAUAUCGCUACUGAAUCACCAUUAGCUUCAAGUGGCAAAACUGAUUUAUAUGAAAAAGAAACAAGCCAAAUUAAUACUGUAAGUACUCAAACUGAUUUCACCUCAACUGAUAUGGUAGUUUACAACGAAUCUACUAAAGUAUUUACAACUGCACUUCCUACUAAAAAAACAUCAGAAUCUCAAAUGAUUCGUAUAAUAGAUUCUUCUGUAUCAGAUGACAAAAUUUGUGUUAAAUGGGAUAUGAAAUGGAAAAUUUUAAGCAAGCAGUGGAUUAUAAAAGAAUUGAAAUGUAAUGUAGAAAUACAACAUUCUAAAGGAAAACAGUAUGUAUAUUUUAAAAACUGUCCAACAAGUGAAGAUGAAAUACAAGAAUGUGCUAUUAUUGAAAACAAAUAUUUGAAUAACAUGUAUAGAUUCUGUAUAAAUGUAUAUAUUAGUCACUUUAAAAAUCUGAAGUCUUGUUCAAAAUAUCAUCCUCCAACUACCACAGAAAAAUCAUUUAAAUAUUCUACAAUAGAUUCAUCAACACUAAAAUCUCAAUCUCCAACGAAAGAAACAUUUGUCCCUUUUAAAGUUCUAAAAUUUGAUGCAACUUUUAAUUACCCAAAAUCCUUUGUUGAUGUCAAUUGGAUUGUUAAUAAAAAUGAAAGAAAUUCGAUUUGUAGUUUAAAUUUAAUUUUAAUGUCGCACAAUUUUAAUUAUACAGAAGGAGUAUUUGGUUGCAAAAAUAAUUCUUAUAGAAUACAAAACAUAAAACAUGAAGCAUUUCAAGUGUGCUUAAGAAACUUUUAUCAAGGAUAUUAUGCACCACUAUUAUGUAAAUCCUCAGUGCCUCUUUCUUAUGAAUUUAAAGCAUCAACUAUGAAAGAUGAUGGAUACAAAAAUUCUGCUUUAAUUGCAGUGAUCUGUUUGCUAAUUUUGAUAGUAUUAAUAAUAAUCGUGUUAUUAUUGAAAAAACUAUUGAAGAAGCGAACUGUGUCUGAUUUGUAUAAUGUGUCUGCUGAAGAAAAAAAUGUAUUAAGAAGACAAGCAUCUGCAUCAUUUCAGCAAGAGCCUUGUGUGCGUUAUUCAUAUACUUUAAAAGAACAAAUAGAGAUAUAGGAUAAAUGUGAAAUUUUCAAUUGAUGUGUUAGGGUCCAUGUUUACUUUUUUUUUUUUCAUAUCAUUAUUUUUAUCAGUUUACAUUAUAUGUUUUAUUUUUAAUAUAUAUCAUGAAGUAUAAAAGCAGAGAUUGCAUUUCAUGAAUUAUUGAUUAAAAAAAAGAUAUCUAAGCCCGAAGAUAUCUAAGAAUUUCCCGUUGGUCCUAUUAAUACAUUAUUUAUGACUUUUGAUAUGAGAAACUUUUUGAAUAUAUGCAGAAUAAGGAUUUUAUGAUUAUUUUAUAUUGUAUGCUAUUUUUAUUUCUAAAUAAUGCAAUUUAAUAAAAUAUAACA